AUACAAUUGCACAACUUUUCUGUAAGAUCAUUGAACACCUGAGCUUUUGAGACCCCGAAUUCAAUUGGGAGGCCUAAGAAUUUGGAUGGCCCAUCUCCAUAUGGAAUUUUCAACACUCUUGAAAACCGUCUUUUAAUUCUCAAAUGAGUAUUGGGGCUGCAAAUAAGAGAUGAUUUUUGGAGAUUCACCGCCUGGCCGCUGGCCUUGCAAUAGAGAUCCAUACAAUCUUUGAGCUGGAAAAUUUCAUUUAAGCUAAUCUCUGAAAAGAGGAGGCAAUCGUCAGCGAAGAGGAGAUGAGAGAUCGGUGGAGCUCUAUUUCUGACUUUGAUUCCAUGGAUGCGAUGCUCCGAAGAAGCUUUGUCUAAGACUACACUGAGAGCAUAAGAUGAAAAUAAAAGGAGAAAGUGGAUCUCCUUGCCGAAUGCCUCUUGUGGGUUGGAUGGAUCCCCUGUAGAGCUCCAUUAAUAAGGAAAGUAUACGAAACUCCAUUACCAGAUUCACCUAUCUAAAAUCGAAAGAAACCAAGGCGAGUAAGCGUAUGUUGGAUAAAUGGUCAUUCCAACCUAUCAUACGCUUUUUUUAUGUCUAAUUUGAGAGCUAUCAACUUCUUUUUUCCCUUUUUCCUCUUCUUGAUAUAGUGAAACAUUUCAUGGGAGAUGAAGAUGUUAUCAGAGAUCAAUCUUUCUGGGAUGAACGCGGACAGUGAUGGGGAGAUGAUUUUGUGGAGGCGUGAUUUAAUUCUAUCUGCCAUAAUUUUUUAAAUCAGCUUUGCUGCCGUCCCACAUAAACGUUGGUCUGGAGUGACAGGAUUGAAAUCCAUUCUCUCUCUUCUUAUCAUAAAAGCCAGAUUCUGUUAAUGAAAUAGGAAAUUAGAUUCCGGGAACUCAAAACUGCUCCGAUCUUCCCACCCUCUGUGGGAUUUCUCUCUAAUCCAUGGGUCUAUUUAGAAGAAGCUUAUCCACUCUCUCUCCCUAUCACACUCCAAUUACCCUUCUUUACUACCUAUAAACCAAGCCUUCUCCCGCCUCUCUCUUCUACGAAACCCUAACCCCAUUGUAAGAGAAACAUCCCUCUUCUCCAAUCCUACCCCAACCUCUUCGAUUCUGUCGUUGGAAAGUGGUAACUGUUUCACCCGUCGGCUAUCUGCAUCACAGUGUAUUGUCCUAUCAUCUAUCUCUCGGAAAAAGGCCCCAGUACAAGAUCAAGGUGGUCACAUUCUCAGAAAGCAAAGUAGUCCAUGGCAAAAGCAACCAAAGAAACAUGUGGGGAGACAGUCAAUCAGGACCGGCCAGAAACUAGAGGAUAUUGGUAUCUAUUAGUUACUUGUAAAUCUGCAUUCUACCACUUAUACCAGUAUCUUUACAAGCAAAAGAACAUUUGCUUCUCUAUUUUCCAUCAAAGAAGAAACGAAGAAUCACUUUGGUCUGAUGAUCUUCCAGAGGAGGUUUUGGGUUUGAUAAAAUUGCAUCUCUUUGGACAGGACUACUGCUCUUUUUGUGCUGUUUGUAGAACAUGGCGAUCCAAGGGCAAUCCAUUCCCACUACAUAUUACUCCAAGUAUGUCAAUGACCCAAUCUCCAUGGCUUGUGUAUCUUGAGGAAGAGGACCAUGUAAUGAAUGUUUUUCAUCCUUUAUUCAAAGGCAGUCUCAUAGAAAUUCCAGCAGGACUAUCUGAUUCAAGAAUAUGCUCCUCAGGCGAUAGUUGGCUCCUUAUGUGGCAGUAUUCAAGGCAAGUGUUCUUUCUCAAUCCCUUCAAUAAGACUAUGAUUGAACUCCCGGAUUUUCCACGCCAAGAAUGGGAUUUAUUACCAGGAAUGAAAAAAUGGUCGUACCACAUGCCAGCAUUCUCAUUCUCGUCCGCACCAACCUCUUCGAAUUGUAUAGUCUUUGGCAUCGCAAGAUCACUUUGGGCUGAAGAAGUUUCUAUUUGCAUAAUCCGUCACGGGGAAGCAAGGUGGACUAUUCACAAGUGUAUAGCCAAUAAUCUACCAUUCAUGCUAUCUAAUGCCAAUCCAGUAUUCCAUAAUGGGCUUGUUUACUGCCUUGGUGAAGAUGGAAAUCUUGGAGUUUUUGAUCCACACAAGGAUGAUGAUAGAAGGGAAGAAUGCAAUUGGACUGUUCUUGAUCAUCCCCAUACACCACCUUUUGUUUUAACUAUUGCAGAUGGUAACCGUUUUUUGGUCCAAUGUAAUGGUAAUCUCUUCUCAGUGUUUCAGGGUCACAUGGGAAAAGGUGUCUCUGUUUUCAGUCUGGAUCAUCAGACGAUGACCUGGAAUCAAGUCCAAGAUUUGGAAGAUCACAUGUUAUUCCUUGCAAGUCAAACUUCGCUCUCGGUAGGAAUGGUCAAGGCGUUCGACAGAAUGGGUGACAAGAUCUACUUCCCCAUAUUCCCCAUUUCUUCUUGUGAUAGUAACAGAGGAGGCAUGAUCAAUUCCUGUUCCUGUGUCUUCUAUUCUCUAAGUACUGAAAUGUACCAUACUUUUGGCACUAGUCAUUCAAGCCUAGACAUAUGUGGAAUGAAAAUUCGGAGAAAUUGUGCUUGGAUUGAACCCAAUUUUGUCAUACCUUCUAGUAAGGACCUUAAAUGGGGUUUGAAAUCGUCCACUAAUUAAAUAAAGUAUUAGCUUAUGUGUUCA